ACAGUCUGUUAAUGUGUCAGUAUGGGGUCCAGUGCACUGCCUCUCAUGCUCUUGCUGAUGUCCUUCAUCCACGCUGGACUCACUCAAGAUUCACCCAGAUCUACACUGACUGUGACUCCAGACAGUCCUGUAUUCACUGGAGAGACAGUCACUCUGAAGUGUGUGAUUGAGACUCACAGUGACUGGAGAUAUAAGUGGUAUAAAGGCAGAUACAGUAUAAUGUUACAGUCAUCUGAUCGUUACACUGAAAACAGAGACACUCUCACUAUCAGAGGAGUAAUUACAUCUGAUCAGGGUCAGUACUGGUGUAGAGGACUGAGAGAUGAGAGACCAAACUCAUCACAAUCAAGCUCUGUUUCUCUCUCAGUGAAGGAUUUACCCAGAUCUUCACUGACUGUGACUCCAGACAGUCCUGUAUUCACUGGAGAGACAGUCACUCUGACCUGUGUGAUUGAGACUCACAGUAACUGGAGAUAUGAGUGGUUUAAAGACACAUACAGCAGUGUAAUGUUACAGUCGUCUGAUCGUUACACUGUAAACAGAGACACUCUCAGUAUUAAAGCACUGAAUGAGUCUGAUCAGGAUCAGUACUGGUGUAGAGGACAGAGAGAUGGAAGACCAAACUCAUCACAGGACAGUGACCGAAUACAUCUGUCUGUUAAUGUGUCACAUUCAGGUCAGAUUUCUGUUUCCAGCAUCCUCAGUUUUCUUCUGGCAGCUUGUCCGUAUCUGCUGUCGACAGUCGUGCUGCUGUUCAAAUGUUACAGAGCGAGAGGUAACACUUCUGUCUGAUCCGUC